GCAGAACUACAGAUCCCAGUCGCCGCGAGUCCCUCUCCCUAUCGCACGUGCUGUGAUGUGCUACUGCUGUACGAGGUGAUGUUUGCAGGGGUUUGUUUUUUAAAAAUCCUUAGGGGUCGUGAGGCUCUCGCGCAGCUCGGGAAGGAGAGCCCUGGAUUCUGUCUGCGAGCUGCUUGAACCCCGGGCAGUGUCCUACCAGACACAUCAAUAGCACAUACUUCUGAAGACUUUAUAUGCAUCAAAAGGGUAAAGAGGCUGAACCAAAGGCAACAUCAGGAUUCACAAAGCACUUUAUCCUGAAAGGUGUUGAGGUGACCCUGGCUCGUUAUGCCUGAGACUGAAACCCCAGAAAAACAGCCCUCUGACCUCCCGCCAGAUCCCCGAUGGAAGCUCCUGGUCUUCUACCUUUGCUUCUAUGGCUUCAUGACCCAGAUCAGACCUGGAGAGAGCUUCAUCACUCCCUACCUGUUGGGAACAGAGAAGAAUUUCACCAAGGAAGAGGUAACCAAUGAAAUCACACCUGUGUUGUCCUAUUCAUACAUGGCUGUGCUGGUGCCUAUCUUCCUGUUGACGGACUACCUGAGGUACAAGCCUGUGCUUUUGCUGCAGAGCCUGAGUCACAUUUCCAUCUGGCUGCUGCUGAUCUUUGGAACCAGCAUUCUUGCCAUGCAGUUCAUGGAGUUUUUCUACGGCAUCACCAUGGCUGCACGGGUUGCCUACUCCUCCUACAUCUUCUCCCUGGUCCCCCCUUCACGUUAUCAGCGCAUGGCCAGCUAUUCUCGCUCCUCUGUGCUGAUGGGAGUCUUCACCAGUUCUGUGCUGGGGCAGCUGUGUGUCACAUUUGGGGGCACCACUUUCAUGACCCUGAAUUAUAUCUCUCUGGGCUUCGUGUGCUUUGGAUUGAUCCUGACUUUCUUCCUGGAACGUCCCAAGCGCAGUCUCUUCUUCAACAGGAGUGAACCUGUGUGCAAUGGCUCCUCACCCACUGAGCUGGACAAAAUGAAUGCUGGGGAGCCUCCAUGGUACAAGGCACCCAGCUGGCAGAAUCUAGUCUUCAUCAGGAUGCUGAAGGAACUGAUGACCAUCGUACGAUUGCCUCAGCUGAGACUUUGGUCCCUGUGGUGGAUAUUUAAUUCUGCUGGCUACUACCUGAUACUGUAUUAUGUUCAGAUUUUAUGGAAUGAGAUUUAUCCCACCACAGAUAACAGGAGGAUAUACAACGGAGGUGUAGAAGCUGCUUCUACACUUCUCGGUGCCAUCACCUCCUUUGCUGCUGGCUACAUGAAAAUCCGCUGGACUCUCUGGUCAGAACUAGUGAUUUGCAUUGUGACAGCGUUCCAGGCAGGCCUGCUUUUGCUGAUGAACACAACAGCCAACAUCUGGGUCUGCUAUGUGGCCUACAUUUUUUUCAGGGGCACCUACCAAUUUCUUGUGCCCAUAGCUAUUUUCCAGAUUGCAGCUUCGCUGUCCAAAGAACUCUGUGCCUUGGUGUUUGGAAUCAACACCUUCCUUGCCACAGUUCUCAAGACUAUCAUCACCAUUAUUAUAACAGAUAAAAGAGGCCUGGCUCUUGCAGUCCAUCCUCAGUUCUACGUAUAUUUUGGCUACUUCACAUGUUUGACUGUGGUGUAUCUUGCAGCAUCUGUGUGUGUGGCUGUAAGACAAAAUGCAUGCAGGAAACCUCAGGAGGCAGCAACAGCCAAGGAACGCUGCGACCCGGUUAAUGAAGUCCCAGGCAAAGACAAAAGUACACAGCUGGCUAGCUCUGAAGCCUGAGAUCUGCAGUAAGUGGGGGAAAGGAAAAUGUCCAGUCUUCUUGGAACAGACCUAGUGGAACAUUCUCAUUCACCAACUGAAAAAAGUAUCCUGUUGCUCAGAGUCAAUCCAGCAUUGAUUUCCCUGCAGAGACUUGGGGAAGAAGCUUUGUAUGGCUUUGGCAUGGACCUUGGUGCCAGUCAAUAUGGAACUGUCAGAUAGUGACUUCCCCAUUUUCUUUAGGUCUCAUUUUACUUUUGCAUCCACAAGCCACUAUUGUUUAUAGUUGGUCAUAGGACAGAUGUACAAAUGUGAUUUUAAAUGCAGACAUUUUCUCACCUGGCGUGUGAAUGAAUCAACAAAGAUGCAAACUCUUUUUUAAAGAAAAAAAGCAAUUCAAUUCAGCCUUUAAAAAGUUUACUAAUGAUUUGUCAGUGUAUUCUAGGGCCAAGUGUGGAGCUAUGAAAUAUUUUUUGAUUUUUUUCCCCUUUUAAUUCCAGACCAGGGGCCAUAUUAAUCUUUAACGAAAGGAUUCCUAUAGCUCCUAAAACUUUCAUAUAAUAAGUAGUCAGUCUAUUAAAGCAGAGUAGUAGUCAGUCUAUAAUAAGUAGUCAGUCUAUUAAAGCAGACCCUAAAAAUGUGUCUUAAACUUACAGUCACCAGAGCAGUUAAGAUUUUCAAGAACUUAGAUUUUAACAGAGACUAUGGACAAUCAUUAUUCCUGAUGAGUCACCAAUUUAGCACAGAUUUGAAUGGGGGGGGGUGUCUAUUGGAUCAGGCUGGCAGUAAUUAUUUAGAGAAGCUCUUUUUUGUCAGUUCAUGAUCACUCCCCCACCCCUUUCAGGGAUGUUACGUCAGAUUAGUUGCUCCAGAAAGGCAAUCUGCAUGUUAUUUCACAUGUUCUAGGUGUGUGAGAUUUAGGUGCGUGAGAUCUUCAUGCACUCACAAGUUUUUACUAUUUAAAGAAUGUAGACCAAAAGAGGAUAUUGUCCUUUAUUCAGUGCCUUUAGGAAACAGUUUACAGAACACAACACAAAAAGGUAUAGAAAUCCACAGGCUUUAAAAAUUGCAGUAAGUUUCACAAAAUACAGUAGACAGAAAUAGAUUGUGUGACUUGCACAGGUUCUUCUACCCUUCAAUCCCACCCCCAACCCCGAGUAAUAAAAUUUCAGUUUGACAAUCGGUAGAAAUUUAGCACCUUGGCUUUUCACACCUGCUUCAAAUGCUCAGGUGUUAGUGUUUAAAACAAACUGGUACAUGACAGUAUCAAAAACUGGGCAAGUCUUCUGACAUAGAAGUGGUUUCAAUAGGAAAUCAAGGCGUAGAGUCAGAAGGCAGGCUAUCUUCACUAGGUAGCUUCAGUGCCACCUGGCCAAAAACCUGCUUAUAUCAAAUUCACUUGCACUGCUUGGAACUGAGCAAAACAGUGAUGCACAACACAAGAUAAUAGUUAAGUGUUUGUCCUGUAGUAAUUCCCAGAUCCUGAAAUAUUAGCAGAGCACCAGUUACUGUCUCUUUUUUAUUCAUUAAGAAGCUGAAGGUAUAUCAAAUAGGAAUGGCUUGGGUCUAGUGGUUCCUGCCACAUAUUGGGGGGGGGGGGAACAGAACAAGAAGGAAAAGAGAUGAUUAAAAGGGACCUCCAGCUGUGUCCAUGCUAACUCACAGAACAGCUGUUCUAGAUGUUUAAAAGUUUGAUUAGGCUCAGAGUUUAACAGUUAUAAAGCUAUUUCCUCUAUCUCCUUUGUUCUUAACCAAAGGGAUAGUGAAGUUACAAAUUUCCAUCUCUGCUUUUAAGCUGCUGCUCAAGGCAUGAUGUGAAAGAAAAUCAACAGAUGAGCUUCAGGAAUCAUCAUUGGCCAGAUAUGCCAGGCUCACUUUCUGUGGAAAUACUUGCCAAUAGUAUAGUGUACCACCUACUUGGAGAGGGCAAAAACAAUGUUAAAAAGUUUUUUUUUAAAAUGACAACUUUUGUGUCCGGCGCAAAGAAAAUAUCUAGGCAAAAUCAAACACUUGACUUUUACGGUGGUUGAUCUUAGUAUCCUUUUUAAAAAAAAAGAUGAAAAGUUUGGGAGGGCCAGAGAAGAAGUACUGUGCAAAGUAAGAUUUGUGGCCUUAAUCCACAUGGCGCUGAGCAGAAGAUGACACAAAUUCUGUAACAAAAAUUGUAACCAGAAUUUUGUGACUAGAACAAUAUUAUUUUGUUCUGUACCAGGAACUAUAAGACAACCUCAGCAAAACUACUAAGGCAGCUGGUACAUCAGACAUAGUAUGUGCUAGAGAGAGGAAUAUAAUUCUUCAGCCCCAUAUGCAGUAUCUACUUGCAAAAGGUCUUGGUGUCUUUGAAAGGGUUUGGCCAUGAUGCUUCCCAGGGCACAGAGAGAACCCUGUUCAGUGUUUAUUACGGUCAUAAGUGUCCUCAAGGCACUGAACAGCAGGUCUAAUUUCUGAUCCGUGAUCUUCAAAGUCAGAGCAGGCUCAAGAGUGCCUAGUGGUCCAUACAGAGGUAACAGUAGCUCAAACUCACACAGUAGUGGGCUCCAAAUGGAAGCAGUGCCCACCAUCUGUCUGCUUUAUGAAGAGCCUCUUGUAUAUGCAAACACAGCCCCAAUAAACAGAAUUUCUGAGCUGCUCACUUA